AUGGCUUCCUCCAUUACGCCGGCAAUGCCGCCGCCGGCGGGUCUGACAUCCAACUUCGUUGACCCGCCGCAUAAAAGCACCCCGUUUUUAGUUGUUAAUUGUGUUUUCUUGCCUCUGGCUGUGAUCGGUCUGGCUAUCCGGACAUGGACUCGAUUAUACAUCGUCCGAGCCUUUCGAAUUGACGAUUAUCUUAUGAUACUUGCGCUCUUUUUAUCAUGCGCUCUCAGUGGUGUUACCUUGGAGAUGCUCAAUUGGGGUCUUGGGAAGCACAUGUGGGAUGUCCCGGCGACAAACCUCUCGCCAAUGUUCGCAAAGGUUAGCAUAUACCACUUGAAUGCCCGUCCAUCCUGCUUUACUAAACCCACCAUCGAACAGCUGAACCUUACCUCUGCCAUCCUAUAUUGCGCCGCAACGGGCUUCACAAAAACCUCGGUACUUAUAUUUUAUCUUCGCAUCUUCCCGAGUCGAAACUUUCACAUCUCAGUCUGGGUCAUUGUGUUCAUCGCCGUGGGAUACAGCUUAGCUAGUGUCCUCGCCAACCUAUUCAGUUGCACUCCGGUUGCAAAAUCAUGGGAUGCGACAAUCACAACCGGGCAUUGCAUGAAUCGACCAGUCUUUUAUUUCGCGAACGCCGGGUUGGGAAUCUUUACCGACUUUGCUACCGUCAUUGUUCCGAUACCGUGGCUCCGCAGAUUGCAAAUGCCUUUGCGACAGAAGAUUGCAGUUAGUGCCAUCUUAGCCAUGGGUUGUUUCGUGGGCGUUGUGAGCUGCAUUCGGCUAUCAUCCUUAUAUACUCUUUUGAAGAGCCCUGAUCUUACAUGGGCCACUACCGACGCCUUGAUGUGGUGUUGCAUUGAGCUGAACCUAGGCAUUUUCGGCGGUUGUGUAACCGCGGUCAGACCUUUCGUUCGACGAUACUUCCCUCGCUUGCUUGGUCUCUCGUCCUCCGGAGAUACCUCCAAAUCUCGCAAAUACGGCCACCAGCUUGGUUCCUAUCCCCAUAGCAGCCGCCCCGACUUCACCGGACGCAGUGGCAACCAAUAUUCGGCCACACUUACGACAAAUAGCAAGGCACCGGACAAUGAAAGUGAAGAGCACAUCUUGUCGCCGGGCCUCAGUGUUGGAAAGGAGGAAGGAAUCGUCCGGACGGUUGAGUUUGAUAUCGAGAACGUGUCGAGCUCACGGGUCCGAGUGCACUAA